AUGUCGUCGGAGGUGGAUCUGCCAUCAAUGGAAUGUUUUUUGAUCGAGGAUCGAAAGGCGACUAUGAUUUGUGGAAAGCUCUCGAGCGAGACCUUUCACCCUCCCGACCCAGCAUUGGCAGACCAAUUGCGUCUAACAUAUGAUCCGAGCAUUCAUGGCACCUCAGGCCCCAUCCACUCGAGCUACCCACCAUUCCUUUAUCCAGCUACGCGUAAUUUCCUUUCGGCAAUCGAAGAAUUUGGCUCUCAUGUUCCACGGGACGGAACAUCUGGAGACGCAUUGGGAGCAUUCUGGGUCCCGAAUACUCUCGAUCCAUCAUCCAUGACCCGAAGCUUUGCACGCACAGGCUAUUACAACCCUGCGUCUUCUCGUUCCAACCUGCACCUCUUGACGAGUACGACCGUCACCAAGAUUCUAAUCCAAAAUAAAACGGCGUUUGCUUCAUCCAAAGAUUCGCCACUUCAAACCGUCAAGGCGAGAUGCGAAGUUAUCCUUGCAGCUGGAUCCCAACAUACACCCCAGCUCUUGCUUCUUUCCGGGAUUGGUGACAAAAAGUCCUUGAAGUCACUGAGCAUUGAUGUGGUCGCUGACCUACCUGGAGUUGGACAAAACUUCCAAGACCAUACCGCCAUCAUCCCUGUUGCGACUUUCCUCAAUGAUUUGAACCCUAGUCCCAGCAACACGAGCAAUGCUACUUGGGUGGCCGAGCAACGCAUACUCUAUGAUACCGAGAAGAAAG